CAUUCAGUGGUGGGGUGUUCGUAGAAAAGAAGGCGUCGCCCAACGAGUGGCAGAUUUUGAUGGAGUCUCGCUUGGAUGCUGGGGAGAUCCAUAGAUCUGGAUAGAGUCCCCAGAAUAGUACGCGCGCUAGCGCGCUACGGCUUACGCAGUUGAUCGGAUCAGAUAGCCCUUCGGGCAACCAACCAGACCCGGCACAUCAAAUUCCAUUCCGAUCAACAACUUGAAGGUAUGGCUGAGUGGCUUAAGGCAUUGGUUUGCUAAAUCGACAUACAAGAAGAUUGUAUCAUGGGUUCAAAUCCCAUUUCCUCCGGAACAGAAGUGAAACGGGCGGGCGAAAUGACGAGAGAAAGAACCUCUUGGUGGAGUCCAACCCCCCAGAAUAGCACUACUUAGUGACUAGGAGCGGAGAGACCUUUGCGCGUUCUUUUUGUUUGAUCGGCCUAUCUUCUUUCUAUAAGCAAGCUCCCUCCGGCUGUCCAGGGGCUGGGCGGCUCUCGGUUCUUGAGGGGGAUUAGGCGGCAGUUGAAAGAGCUGCUCGAAAGCUUGACGAAGAAGCGAAAAAGGCCUAUAUAUAGAUUCUAUUCUUUCUUAUUAUUCAUUAUUAUUCUAUUUUUAGUACAAGGGCUUUUUACUAGUCAAGUGGUAAGGUAGGGCGCUAUUCGAUGAAGAAAACAUCUUUUAGGAAAGUGGUUCAGGUAGCUCAGCUGGUUAGAGCAAAGGACUGAAAAUCCUUGUGUCAGUGGUUCGAAUCCACUUCUAAGCGGGCCAAGGGUCCAAAGGCCGGAUUUUGAAAUUCAAGUGCAAGAGUAAGCCAAAAAAUGUGAGCGCUCCUGCACUAUACGGCUUUUUUGCGUCGCCCUAUCUUGCUGGAGGCAUAUUCAAAAUAGAUAUAUAAAAUAGAAAAUAUAUAAAAUCUAUCAAAAUGGAAAAAAAGAAAAAGAAAAGAAAAAAAAAAAAAAGAAAAAAAGCUGUUUCUUAGGUUCUCGCGUCCCUGUGCCCAAAAGGAUGGGUGAGUUCGGUUUGAGUGUUCAUCGAUCGGGUGGAUCUAUAUGCUCCGGGGUGGUGAGACGAGGUGUAGCGCAGUCUGGUCAGCGCAUCUGUUUUGGGUACAGAGGGCCAUAGGUUCGAAUCCUGUCACCUUGAUGUGAGGCAUUCCGUCAGCAAAUACUCAAAUAUGAACAUCCAUCGACCGUUACCACUUCCUCUUACUCGUGACUCGUAUAUGUACUUUCUAUAGCAAGCACACGAGACCUAUACUCAGCAACUUUGCUUAGAAACCUUUUUCCAGUUUCUUUAUGCCCAGGCUCCCUUAGUUUUCUGAUCAAAUGAUCAGUUAUCAUUCCUACAAUCCGGCGAAAUUCGGGUAUAUAAGUGUAUCCUUAUGGGUAUGCAAGCACUAGAACAGGGAAGGACGACGUACUAUGAUACUUUCUGUUUUGUCGAGCCUUGCUUUGGUCUCUGGUUUGAUGGUUGUACGUGCUAAAAAUCCGGUACAUUCCGUUUUGUUUCCCAUCCCAGUCUUUCGCAACACUUCAGGUUUACUUCUUUUGUUAGGUCUCGACUUUUUCGCUAUGAUCUUCCCAGUAGUUCAUAUAGGAGCUAUAGCUGUUUCAUUCCUAUUCGUUGUUAUGAUGUUCCAUAUUCAAAUAGCGGAGAUUCACGAAGAAGUAUUGCGCUAUUUACCAGUGAGUGGUAUUAUUGGACUGAUCUUUUGGUGGGAAAUGUUCUUCAUUUUAGAUAAUGAAAGCAUUCCAUUACUACCAACCCAAAGAAAUACGACCUCUCUGAGAUAUAUGGUUUAUGCCGGAAAGGUACGAAGUUGGACUAAUUUGGAAACAUUGGGCAAUUUACUUUAUACCUACUAUUCCGUCUGGUUUUUGGUUCCUAGUCUGAUUUUAUUAGUAGCCAUGAUUGGGGCUAUAGUACUGACUAUGCAUAGGACUACUAAGGUGAAAAGACAGGAUGUAUUCCGACGAAAUGCUAUUGAUUCUAGGAGGACUAUAAUGAGGGGGAUGACAGAUCUACUAAAGGAAAGUAGCUUGAUAUUGGUUCGAAUCCAAUUCGUGAGAUGGCCAUCUUGGUCAUAUAGAUGUCUUGACACCCUUCUUUUCUUUUCUCAUUUUCGAAUGACUGUCCCAUUCCAUUUUUGGUAUAACUUCAAGCCUGGACCCGCUAUACGAUGUAUUAGUAGAACCCCUGGGAUACGACGCCUGCUCCUUGAGUAUCAUGGGAUUGAAUACCCCGACCUCCCAGAGGCUCCCGAGAAAGCUAUUUCAGCCUUCCGGACAGUUAAGGGCAAUUCCUACGUCCCUCAUCGGUCUGAAUCCCCACCCCCGCAUAACACUUACUAGAUUUUGAAAGAAAAACUGAAAAAACGCUUCACUUCCUGACCUUAUUCUCGAGUAGGGAGGGUUCUCGCUACUAAAGAAAUUUCUUCAGUUGAAGUAGCUCUUUCCUGAGAUGUCUUUCAAGCUGAAGAAGGAAGGGCGCUUUCCUUCGUUGAACACAAGACAGACGGGGACAAAUCCAAUCCCUUAAUUCUUUGAUCCCAAUUCAAUUGUUGUUUGAUGUAAUAAUAGAGGUGUCAGGCUCAGACUCUGAGAAAGAUGACAUGCGGCUAGUCCCAACUCUUAGUCUCGUAGUCUUGAAACUCAGCCGUA